CAAUCUCAGUUUAGAGAGACUCCAUUUUCUUCACGUGUCUUAAUCAACUGUUUCACCGAAUUUCUCGCCGUCUGCGGUAUCGUCGGAAAUAUUCUAAACAUCAUCAUCCUGUCUGAUCAUGGCUUCCACGAUACCACCAACAUCCUGCUGACGUCAUUGGCGUCCGACGAUUUGAUUUGUUGUCUGACCGAAGUCAUUAUUCGUUUGCCUUACAUCAUAACCGCAUACUUUCAGGAGAUCCGAUUUUUCUUGUUCUGUCGUCAAUACCUGGUGAUAUUGAACUACUUAUCCUUCUCACAGAGUCAACUACUAGCGGCGGUCAUCGCUGUAGAGAGACUCGCAGCCGUGUGGUUUCCCUUUCUUGUGUCCCGUGUCUUUACUCCAAGACGUAUGAUGAGUCUAAUCAUCCUGCUCCACGUCAUCACAUUCUUUUUUCAUUCGCCAGGUUUUAUCACUUACCUUGCCAUACAGAAGACUUUUAAAAAAAAUAAUGUAACUACUUAUCACUUCGUAUUUAAAGGACUGAAAGAUGCGGAUAUUCAAGCCAUCAACUGGUAUUUGGUUUUUUUUGUCAACAUAAUCUACUCUACUCUGCCACUGCUCACCAUUCUUGUCUCCUCAAUUCUAAUCAUGAUAAAAAUGUUUAUCAUCACAAAAGAAAUGAAACAUCUUUCAGCCUCUGCUGUGAAAUCCAAGAAGCUGAAAAUUAUAAAAGCCACCAAGAUGCUACUGGUUAUCUGUCUUUUUUCGUUUUCGGUGUGCAUUGUUACUUUUAUCUUAGAUAUAGUACCAUUACUAUUUGAACUCGACAACUACUUUCGUGUAGUUUGUUUAGACAUCAGCCAUAUUUUUUACAUGCUUGAGAUGGUGUUAAAUUUUAUCAUAUAUGUUUCGAUGAGCUCAAAAUUUGUACAAACGUAUAGAAAGUUAUUUUGUACACGUUGA